GAUACGUCGUCAUUCUCGAUUACCAAAAGUUAGACAAUGAUUAUAUUUAGUGUGUUUCUAAGUAUUUUCCUCAUAAGUUUUUGCAACGCUGGAACAUUAAGGAGCAAUUAUUUGGAUCCAAAAAUUAUUAAUGGUGAAGAUGUCAAACCAGGAGAAAUUCCUUACCAGGUAUCACUUCAAAAAAUUGCCAAAAAUUUCCAUUUCUGUGGAGGAUCGAUUUUAAAUGAAGCUUUCGUAAUAACAGCAGCGCACUGUGUAGUAAGUAAGAAUGCAUCUGACAUUCAAGUAAUAGCUGGAACUCUAAAAUUAAGCGAGCCAAAAUCAGUUCAUUAUGUUUCUCAAAUAAUUGUUCAUAAAUUUUACAAUAGAACCGAUUCCUGGAGAAAUGACAUUGCUUUACUAAGAGUGAAAAAUCGUUUUAUACUUUGCAACACCAUACAAAAAAUUCCUCUUCCUUAUUAUAACAUGGUCAUUGAUGCGUAUGAAUAUGCUGUGGUUUCUGGUUGGGGUCGACUCCAAUACAAGGGACCUAGACCCGAUCAUAUGCAACGAGCUCAAAUUCGUAUAGCUGAUCAAAAUUACUGUAGAGCAGUUUAUGAAGACCAUGGACAUUUUAUCUAUCCUACUCAUAUUUGUGCCUAUGACCCAGACAUUAGGAAAGGAUCUUGUAAGGGCGAUUCCGGUGGUCCCUUAACUGUUAAAGGAUUUCUUGUAGGUCUUGUUUCGUGGUCGAAUGGUUGUGCAAAAACCGAUUACCCUACAGUUUACACUAGAGUACCAGAAUAUUUAGACUGGAUUAGGAUACAUUCUUCGUGAUCUAAUUACAUUUUCUUGACUAUUGUAACUUUAUAAUUAAAUAGUAAUGUAAAAAACUUUCACUUAAGAAAUUUGUAAAUUAAUAAAACUGUUGGUAUUAAAAAA